AAGGUAGACCAUUAGUUGCUAUCUUAAUAACCGACGCCUUUGGUCUUUUUGCCCUUAUUGCGGCUAGUGGUAAACAAGUUGAUGCUUUCAAUUGGUUAUUGGCUCUUUCUGGAUUAAGUUCAAUCUUCACCUGGAUGGCAAUUAACUUAAGUCACAUCAGAUUCAGAAGAGCUAUGUCUGCCCAAAACAGAUCAUUGAAUGAAUUGCCUUAUGUUUCUCAAUGUGGAUAUUGGGGUUCUUAUUAUGGAUUUAUUAUUAAUGUUUUGGUUUUGAUUGCACAGUUUUGGAUUGCAUUAUUCCCAUUGGGAGGUCCACCAAAUGCUUAUGAUUUCUUUUUGUCAUAUUUAGGAUUGCCAGUUAUUAUUCUUUCUUGGUUAGGUUAUAAGCUUUGGAAAAGAGAUUGGACUUUGUUUAUUAGAGCAAAAGAAAUUGAUGUCGAUACUGGUAGAGCAAACAUUGAUAUGGAUAUUUUACAACAGGAAUUAGCUGAAGAAAGAGCAAAAUUGGCUGAAAAGCCAUUCUAUGUUAGAUGGUAUAGAUUCUGGUGUUAA